CCCUUUUUCUAGGUUAUUAAUUCAUUCAUAUUUUUCAAACAAGAAAAGAAUAAUCUUAUUGUAAUUCUCCAACAAUCAAUUCAAAAGCAAAGAAUAAUCUUAAAAAGGAAGGGUGUUUUGGUCAUUAAGACCAACAAGAUUGCAAACCCAAUCUCCCUACUGUCGUUAAAAGCCACAAGUCAAAUUCGGCUCCGAAAUAUCACUCAUCCACCUGCAUUUUUCUUCGUCUCGAUCAUCUCUCCCACAAAACAAAGUACAAGAAUGUUGCUACGUGGCAUCGUAUCGGCCCCUCUACCCUCAACCCUCUCCCUCAAAGCUUCCGCCCGGCCCUCCCAAAACGCCAGCCUUUCCUUCUCCAUCUCCGACCAGGAACUGGAGUCCCGAGGGUUCAGCCUCCGCCGUUCCAUCGCGGACCUGAACCUGGACCACCUGAACUCCGUCUUCGUAGCCGUGGGAUUCCCGAAGCGGGACACGGAGAAGAUCAGAGUAGCUCUGGAGAACACGGAAUCGGUGCAGUGGGUAGAGUACAGGAAGACGCAGAGGCCAGUGGCGUUCGCGAGAGCCACAGGGGACGGGGUGUUCAACGCCAUCAUAUGGGACGUGGUGGUGGACCCGUCUUUCCAAGGGAUUGGUCUGGGGAAGGCUGUGAUGGAGAGGCUGUUGGAGGAGCUGUUAGGGAAAGGCAUCACCAACAUUGGACUGUAUUCGGAGCCCCGCGUGCUGGGGUUUUACAGGCCCCUGGGUUUUGUUGCGGAUCCGGAUGGGAUCCGAGGCAUGGUGUAUUCCAGGAAGCGAAACAAUAAAUUUUAAUUAACAUUCUCUUUUGUUACACAUAAAGGUUGAAUUAUUUGAUUUUUAUUUUA